GCUGCGGCGAUGGUGUAAUAAAAAUUCGAAAAAUGCAUUAUUUGAUUAAACACAUCCGGUGCAACUAGACCGGGCGACUUUCACCAGCAAAAAGCCGGCGAAGCGGUGCGUGCGUGUGUGCAUGGCGCGUGCACCGGCAGAGGAGAACCGCCGAUACCUCCAGUCCAGGGGACGAUGGUAACGAUGACCUCGGAGAUUGAUAAAGACAAGGCAGUGACCGUAGUGAUAAGUGCACCGAAAAAGAUGAACGCCAACGGCAGCGAAAAGGACAAGGAUCGUGAGAGGGAAAAGGACAAGGAAACGUCCGGCAAGGGCACGACGACGGCCUGUGAGGGUGGUGGUAGUGUAACAGGGGGUGCAGGUGGAGAUGGUGUCGCGGUAGCUCCGGUGCUGCAGGCAGGAUGCAGUUCUGUUGCACCACCGGCGGGUGGAACGACGUCAACAACAACGACGACGGGUACGGGGACGGGAACUGGAGCGGCGGGGGCGGCGGCCAGUUCGAGCGGGGUGGCGAGUAAAAGCAGCAGCCAGCAGCCUUCACACGCACAGGCCACCCAGGCAGCCCUGAACCAGGAUGCACCGAACAUUUUAGUUUAUAAGAAGAUGGAGGCGAUCGUCGAGCGGAUGCAGGGUGAGGAGGGUGGCGUGUCGGUGCGCACCAUCAAAGCCUUCAUGAGCAAAGUACCGUCCGUAUUCACUGGUGCCGAUCUGAUAUCGUGGAUCAUGAAGAAUCUCAGCAUAGACGACGUGAACGAGGCACUACAUUUGGCCCACCUGCUCGCCUCGCACGGGUACCUCUUCCCGAUCGACGACCACCAGCUUACGGUGAAGAACGAUGGCACGUUCUAUCGCUUCCAAACGCCCUACUUUUGGCCCUCAAACUGCUGGGAGCCGGAAAACACCGACUACGCCGUGUACCUGUGCAAGCGCACCAUGCAAAACAAGACGCGCCUCGAGCUGGCCGACUACGAGGCGGAAAACUUGGCCAAGCUGCAGAAGAUGUUUUCCCGCAAGUGGGAGUUCAUCUUCAUGCAGGCGGAAGCGCAGAGCAAGGUGGACAAAAAGCGGGACAAGCUCGAGCGCAAGGUGCUCGAUUCGCAGGAGCGCGCAUUCUGGGACGUGCACCGGCCGAUGCCGGGUUGCGUGAAUACGACCGAGGUGGACAUCAAAAAGGCGUACCGGCGUGGAGCCUCGAGCCUCGGUUCCGGUUCGUCCGGGACGGCCAGCAACAGCAACCCGGUCGAGCAGCUGACGCGCCAGAUUAAAUUGUUAAAGCUAAAGCUCGAACGGCGCACGAUCAAAAUCUCCAAGGUUGCUGAAUCUUAUUCUUCAUAUUUUGAGCAAUACAAUGAGCACGAUAGCUUUCUGAGCUCGCCCGAUCAACCGAAUCCUUGGAUCACGGACAACACCGAAAUGUGGGACGCCGAUCGAACUGCCAAAGACGUGUCGCUUAAGCGAGUGAAACGGUGGGGAUUUAGCUUGCGAGAGCUUCUGAACGAUCCCGUGGGUCGGGAACAGUUUUCGAAGUUUUUGGAUAAAGAAUUCAGUGGAGAAAAUCUAAAGUUCUGGGAGUCGGUUCAGAGUAUGAAAGCCCAGCCGCAAUCGAAAGUGAAGGAGGCAGCCCAUGCCAUCUAUUUGGAAUUUCUCGCGCCAGAUGCGCCGUGCCCCGUGAAUGUGGACUCAAAAUCCAUGGAGCUGGCUCGGGAAGCGGUUAGCAGCACAGCCCCGGCGAAUCGCUGGUGCUUCGACGUGGCUGCUGCCCACGUUUACCAUUUGAUGAAGAGUGACUCCUACUCACGCUACCUGCGCUCGGACAUGUACAAGGAGUAUCUAAACGGGUCAAAGAAAAAGAUCAAAUCCAUACCGAAUUUGUUCGGCGUAAAACGUUAAAGGAACGCGAACAAAUGUCCGGAUCCUCUGUAGCAGCUAAUGAAACAACGCGGAGUUAUGUUGGACGUGUUUUAAUGAAGUAAUAGGUAGAAAACAAAACUCCUACAUGCGAAGGGUAACGGUGUUCGAGCGUAUCGAGAGGGCUUGUUAUAUUUCCGUUCCGAUGGGAAAUUGUUCAUAGAACGAUUGUUUUAGACAAUGACCGCCAUAACUGAUUGUUAAUUUAAGAAAAGCAUACCUAAUAGAUGUAGCAGGGGAGUAGAGGUUAAAAGAGUGCGUUGAAGCGUGCUCCAUGUGUAGUGAUGCCAUUUACUGGAACGAAAUUGCCAGAGAAACGCAGGCAGCAGCAGCAGCAGCGGCCGCCAUAUCGUUAGUAACCAAAACCAACCAAAUACAACCAAACAAAGGAAUUGUUGAUGAAUUUCAUCGAAAAGAUAGUUUAUUUCGUAUGCGUGGAUAGAUGCGUUUAGCAAUACGAUGUGUCUCAUUUAGCGUAAUGAAAUAGUGAAAUACUUAUACUAAGAUUUAAAUAGAGAUCUGGAGAAAGGGAAAUGGAAUGAUUUCUAGCUUGGAUCCACAUUAAGCACAAUCAACGGGAUUGUGGAGUAUGGAAGGAAUGGAAUGGACGGGUAGCAAUGCCAUUAGAAUUAUACAAAAUCAUAGGUAAAUGAAAACGCAACAACAAGACAAGAGCAAAUAAUAUUAUAAUUAUACUAAAUAUCAUAUACACACAAACAGUUACCCAUCCCGUGGAAAAUCGGUAUUAAGGGUACAGUAUUGGACAGGAAGGCAGCGUAAAAGAAAAUUCAAGACACGCAAAAUAAGCAUCACAACCUGAUCUGUACACAUUCCUAGAGGACACCAUGAUAGCGAAGUGGAGGUGAAUGUAGCGCUGAAGCUUACAGUGAACAAAACCAUAAGUGAGAGGAUAUAAAAUAGAACUAAAAAUAGUAUUGAUAAUAAUAACAAAAGAGGAAAUAGAAAAUGUAACAUUACUACUGCAAACCAUUAGAACACAAGAACAGACGUUCGUUAUAUUAAUGGAAUAAAUGAGAAUGA